UUGACGAGUUUAAAUUUAUGAUACAUAUUUUACACAUAAUACCGUGCUUUCGCGUGAACAUUUCUUAACACUCAAAGAGAAGUUUAGUAUCUUCGCUUGGCCUUUUUAAUAUCCACUAUAUUUUCAUUAAUUUUUGUUUCUUUUGGAAUUUCGGUAUGGUCAUAACAUCCAUCUGGUUGGCGUGACUCCGGAGCGGCAUACACUGUUCUUAUUCGAAAUAUAUCUGAAGGCAGAUGACUAAUCAAUGGUCAAUAGCUUCAAGCGGACAUCGAUGGGUGAUCAUAGAGUAAAUCAUUGAGUAUUUAAUAACUGAUUUUAUCAUUCAAUGCAAAUUUUUCUUCCUUUUCAUCGGCGGAUCGCUUACCACGUGACCUGCAAAUAACGGUCUACAAAUAAUGGUCUGCUCAUGCGCAAUGUCGUCCAACUGUGUUUGGCUGCAAAUAAUAUUCUGCUCAUGCGUAAAUGAAAGCGCGCUUUUCUCCUUCUUGCGAGCGCUUUUGCGUAAAAAUGGCAAAAUAAUAGAUAUUCAUUAAAAACAAACUCAGUGACCGAAUGAUAAAACGAUUAUUGAACUCGGUUAUUUCAAAAUACCGUGACUUGUCAGUGUCUCGCAGAUCAAGCCUCCCCGGUUUGUAAAAUUUUUCAUUUCGGAUCGGGAGCUUCCUCCAAAAAUUGUAUUGUAACUUUUGAUAUCGUGACGUAAUUUGACGUCAACGAAACCUGAUUGAUUAUAGUACGUACGUAUUGGGUUCGCUCACUUUAUUUCAAUAUUUCAAUCAAGUAAUGUAAACAGCAGUAUGUUACUUUGAUAUUUCAGAAAUGCCAGAUAUUUGGUUGAAAUGAUUUUUCGUUGAAAAGUUGGCUAUCUUGGAUCCGCUACUCGGAAUUAAUUCAAAUGUAAUUUUAAUUACAUUUAAAUUAAAAGUCCUUCAAAGUCAAAUAAAUCGAGGAAAAUAAGCUUACAAAGUUAAUGCCACCCAUUACAUCACAAUCACCUCGCUAUUAAUAUUUUGCAGCAAUGCUCUCUUAGUUAAUCAGUGGAGUCACGUGGCAAUGACAUGGGGACGUAUAAAAGCCACCCAAGGUACCCUGAGGCUUUUCAUAAACGGAGAGAUGAAAAAGAGUGUGAAUGUCCCGGGCGACUCAAUGGACUUUAGGAAUUCAGGCCAUUCAGUGUACGACAUUGGCUUAAAGAGAGAUAGCAGAACCACAACACAUGCGUACUACAGUGACCUCAUGGUGUUAAGUCGCGAGCUGCGCUUUUCAUCCAUUGAAAAUAUGAAUGAGAUAAAAGAAAAUCUUGUUCUUUAUCACCCAUUGUACACUUAA